ACUGAACUUUAUCGCGCCCCUCGCCUUCCCACAAUUCCCUGUGCUGCGCUCCCGUUGAAAAUGAAUGGGGGCGGAACUUUGUCUCAAGCGAAUUUGGAAGCGGUGUAAACCCUACCAGUACAUACCGUAGCUUCUUCAUACUCUUAUUAGGCCAAACUAAGACAUGUCGAAAAGGUCUGUAGUAUGGCAGCAUUUCAUUGUAGUAAUGGAUGACGCCAAAAAAGUGGAAUGCAAACUCUGCAAACAGCGGUUUGCUUACCAUAGUUCGACAACGAAUAUGACAUAUCACUUGAAAACAGCGCAUCCCCAGUACAGCACGAGCGCCUCCACUGCUAGCUCAGGUUUAACCCAAACCACCUUGGACCAGAAUUCCCCAAUCUCAGAAAAAAGAAAGAGAGAGAUAAUGGAUGGUAUCGUGGACUUCAUUGCCUUGGACAUGAGGCCCGUUAACCUGAUAGAGGGCGUGGGGUUUAAGGAUAUGAUGAAAAUCUUGGAGCCUGGUUACACUGUUCCCAAGAGAGAGACUGUUAUGCAUGCUCUGACAGCGAAAUAUGAGACCACAAAAGAUAAGGUUUUGGAGUCUAUCAAAAACAGCCAGGCAGUAAGUUUUACAACCGAUAUGUGGACCUCACUGAGGAUGGAGUCAUACAUGACCGUAACUGCCCAUUUCAUUACGGAGGCCUGGGGACUGCAGUGUCUUGUGCUGGAGACAAAGCAAAUGGAGGAGAAUCACACCGCCGCCACCAUUGCGCAGAGACUUGGAGAAGUGGCCGACAAAUACGAAAUCCCAGGAUGUAAAAGGGUCGCUGUGGUACACGACAACGCCGCAAAUAUGAUUUUGUGUGCAGAUAUACUGGGGCGGGAUGAGAAAUGGGCAGGCGUUAAAGGAAUCAGAUGUGCUGGACACACCUUACAGCUGUGCAUCAACGCCACUCUCAAUCAAGACCCCAUAUGUCGCACUGUGGUUGCAGCCAGACUCCUUGUGGCUCAUUUUAAGAAGCGAACAAAAGCCAAAAAGGGACUAAAGGAGAAACAAAAAGAACAAAAGGUGGUUGAACAUGUCCUGAUCCAAGACGUUUCCAUGCGGUGGAAGUCUUCUCAGACCAUGUUAGCGCGCCUGAUAGAACAGAGAUGGCCUGUAACAGCAGUGCUCUCCGACCCCAACUACACUGGGGAAAAUGAACGCAACCUCGAUCUCACCCCAGCGCAAUGGAACAUGGCAGAGGACAUUUCAAAUGUGCUGAAGCCCAUUGUCACCCUGACUGAGUUGCAGUCCGAGGAGGAAAAUGCAUCCUUAUCUGCAACCAUACCCAUGCUGGCAAACCUCAAACGCCGCCACUUGGCACCAGUGGAGGACGACAGCCCCACCACUAAGAGUCUUAAAACAAGGCUGGUGGAGGAAUCUGACAACAGAUGGCAGCUCAAAGACCGACUAUUUGAGAGUAGUAUAUACGUCCAAGCAGCAGUCGUAGACCCCCGCUUCAAGCUGCUUUCGUUCCUUGACGAUGCAAAACGGGACGUAGCCUACAUCAACGUGUCCCAGCUGGCCGACCGGUUGAGCGCGGAGGGAGACAGAGACAGCUCUACACCCACGGAUGAAGAGGGACCCGCACCAAAAAGAAAAAAAACAGAUAAGGAGCGGGAGAUUGAUAUGCUAAUGUGUGGAGAUGAGGGAGAGAAAGAGUUUCCGGGGGAUAGCAAAAAAGAAGUUAAGUAUUAUCUCCAAGAUAGAACGAAAGUCGACGCUGGACCACUCGCUUGGUGGGGGAAAAAUGAGGACAGGUAUCCGAGGCUGGCCAGAGCAGCGAAAUACCUCCUCUCGAUUCCGGCGACCUCUACUCCAUCAGAGCGGAUAUUUUCCAAGGCAGGGUUUAUAUUCAAUAAAACGAGGAGCUGCCUUCUGCCCGAAAAUGUUGACAAGCUGGUGUUCCUGUCGCAUAACUUGAAAAGAUUGGGGAAGUAGGCUAUUAAGCGGCACCCCAGGUCUAUGUGAGUAAGUAGGCGAGUCCGAUACAGUUGACAGAUGGAGAAGAUGAAACUAUUAUGCUAAAUGUUUGGAAUAGCCCAUGCUUCUUUUUGUAGCCUAUGCAAGCCAUUUUAUAUGUUCAGCAUUAGAGUUUAAGCUGAUGUUGAUACCAUUUGGGGCUACACCUUGCUCUUUAUUUUGUUAUUCAUGUAUUUAAUUCAUAAUUAAACAUUUACUGUUUAA